AUGCCGCAGGUGCUGACAUUGCAGUGCGCUGCAGACGGGGACUUUUGCAAGGCUUCGUGCCUUCAGAUGUCGGGCACAGAGGUUUUGGAGCUGUCAAUGGCACCAGAGACACCACUUUGGCAGGUCUUUGCUUCUGUAGCCGAAGCGAUGACGCAGCCUGCCGACAGUCUGCGGCUCAUUACCCCCUCCGGGCAGGAAAUCUUGAGCAACUCGCAAGAAUCUUUGCGGAGCAUCGCUGCUGUUCCUGCAUAG